AUGACAAUGCCAACAGUUGUAUCGUUGCGAUAUGGUUGUCACCUUUGUGAACAAAAGCUAUCAGAAGCCUCGAAGCUGAAGCAGCAUUUGCUGAACCGCCACGGCCUAGAUUUGCCAUCACGGAGCGAAGGCAGAACACGAGUAAAUACGCAGCAAUUCACGUAUAUCUCCCAAGCACACGAAGGCAAUUACAUGUUGGUCCAUAUGCAUUAUGCAUGCGUUUCGUGUUUGUCCCAUUUCUCAGAUUUAAAGCAGUUGAAAUUUCACAUCGACGGUACCCACAAUGAAGAAUCAUCUGCGGACAGUGCAACGCCAACGCCCACUCAAUCUGGCAGCAACGAAGAUGACGAGGGUGUCUCGCAAUUGACUUAUUUCUCACCCGAACCGUCAUCGGACGACAACCACUAUACGGUCGAUGAUUUCGAUGUUUCCCGAGCCUUCCAUCAAUUCCAAAAUUCUAUCAACGCUGCGACAAGCAAUCUUUUCAUGGAAUCGCAUGGCAUGUCCUACGUGUUGUUGAUCAAACCUCACCGUAUGCAUCCAAACCUGGUGAACAUCUUUGGAGCGGAAAACGUUGACAGAUUGCAAAACCAUGUGCGCCACGAAUUUGGCUUUGAACCGUACGGAAGAAAAUUCAACGUCGAAUUAAUGCUUGAACUCAAGAGCAUUGUGAGGGAAGUUCAAUUUCAACAAAUGACGCGAUUGGCUGCCCAAGCAGAUCUGUUGCAAAAGGCAAGCGUUGCCUCACCGCUGAUUUCAAGGAUCAUCUGUUCCGUCGCUAGGCUGAUCACCAUGUUGCCAAACGAAGAAAUCACGUCCAUCAUAAAAGAACAAGAGCUUUGCACUCGCUAUUUGGAUCCUGCGCCGGUUCCCUUAUUUGAUGAUCCCGAGAAUAACAUUUUCUUCCGUUUGCUGGCACCGUGA